AAGUUUAUUGAUAUUUACAGUUGUAUUUACGGUUCAUAUAGAUUAUUUCAUGAUUUAUAUAUUAGUUAAAUUUUAAUUUCAUAAAUAACUUAUGUUUGCGUCUUAUAAUAUUAUUUAUUUAUAGUCUAUAAUUAUAUUUUCUUAACAAAUUUUCAGCUUGAUAGUUGGCAGAAAUAUGGUUUUAAAAAUACAAUUUCCGAUCCGGACUUAAAUACAAUAUUUGUAGUUGAACAGAAUAUUUGAAUGAAAAUCUAUUAAAAAUAUCCUUAAAACAGUAUCUAAAUUAUAGCAAAUAUUUUAUUGUGUUACUUUUAAUCAGUAGUUUAAAUGUUUUAGUAGAUACAAUUCGAGGUUAUGAAACAUUCCAGCCAUAACAAGCCUAAAGCAUGUUCUACAUUUAAAUCGAAAUUAACCCGUGCGAAUAAAAAUAAAUAACUCGAUUUAAACAUUAAUACAUAAAAUGAAGUGGUCGUCACCACGAUUUACUUUACCAAUUUUAAUUGGCAUUUCUCUAACGAGUGUUAGCAUUGCUGUAAUAUAUUUAUUAUUAAAGAAGGAUGAAGAAGAUUCAACAUCUAGGAGAAAUCAUAUAGAAAUUGCAAAAAGAAUUUCAAUAGAAUGUAAAGUUCCUAGACAAUUUGUACCUGCUGUUAUUGGAAGAGGUGGUUCUGUAAUAAAAGAUGUACAAAAUAAGUCAGGAACACAAAUAUUUUUUAAAGAAGAUAAUCUUGAAUGCCCAGAACGUAUUUGCAUUAUAAGAGGAACUUAUGAGUGUACUCAAUUGGCGCAAGAGAUGAUAAAGUCCAUAAUAGAAAAUCAACCUGUUAUUGAAACAUAUGAAAUAUACAUUCCACAGAGGGCAUGUGGAAGAAUUAUAGGAAGAGGUGGUGAAUCUAUACACCAAAUUCAAAUAACUUCUGGUGCAAAAGUUAUGGUUGAAAGUGGUUAUACUUAUGUGCAAAAUGCUGAAAGACGUGUUAUAAUAAAAGGAACUGCUGAACAAAUAGCUGCAGCUUUAACACAAAUUGAAGAAAAAGUUCGAGAAGAAUGUGCAGAUGAAGAAAGUGCAAAAAGGAAAUUAUAUGGAAAACUAGAAGCUUCUCCUGCAAUAAAAUUGCCUAUUUAUACGACUGAACGUCCACAAUCUACUGAGUCCCUCUCAUUACAAGGUACUGAAGGUACAAUGGAGGUAUAUGUCUCUGCAAUGGAAAGUCCUAGUAAAUUCUGGGUUCAAAUUGUUGGUCGUGGAACUAUAGCUUUAAAUAAACUUGUGUCUGAAAUGACUGCUUAUUAUAAUGACGAACAAAAUCAUGAACUACAUAAAUUAAAAGAUAUAAUACCUGGACAAAUAUGUGCAGCAAAAUUUAGUUCUGAUGAACAGUGGUACAGAGCUCAAAUUAUUUCUGCAGCAGUUGAAGAUGGAAAAUGUGAAGUCUAUUUUAUGGAUUAUGGAGAUCAUGAUGUGGUUCCUUUUGACAAUAUAUUGGAGAUUCGAACAGACUUUCUAAGUUUACGCAUGCAAGCAAUGGAAUGUUCUUUGAGUAAUGUCAAACCAAGGGAGGACGAAUGGAGCGCUGAAGCUUGCGACAGAUUCGCCGAGCUUACUUGGCUAGCUCAAUGGAGAGUCCUCCUGGCUAAAAUUGAAGGGUCCAAAGAUCGGACUCGCAGCUAUGGCGCGUCUCACCGUGAAGGAUCUCCGAUUCCUUGCGUUGACCUUUUUGAUAAAAAUGAAGAUAAGGAAAUCAACGUUGCUGAAGAGUUAAUAAAGGAAGGCUUCGCGGAACCGGAAGAUCCAUUAAUAUCGACUAUUGCCUCUGCCGCGUUUAGUCCCAGGUCUAUCUCUCCAGCGGAGAAGAGAACUUUGAGGACUAAAACCCCGACACCCACUCCAUCUAAAUUGGAAACACACCCUAAUUUCGUUGAUCUAGUAGAUGUUACGACUUCCUUGACUAAUGAAAUUGACUUGACCACACCAAAGAAGCCCGCCGCUCGGAUCGAGGAAAUCGAUCUCGUGACACCGGUGAAGGAUGAAACGGCUCGUUUCAUCGACAACGAGAAGAAAGUCCCGCGGGAGGACGGUAGCGGCGACUACCUGCGUAACGGAAGCAGUGGCCAUCGAUACGACAGACCUCAUGCUUCCGGCUUCAAAUUCAACAGAACGCAGCGUAUCGCUCCUGCCGGAUACGAGAGCGAUCUCUCCAACGACUCGGACGAAUUAGAACUGGGGUGAAUCCAUUUUCUUCAAGCACUUUUCUAACUGUUGCUCCCCUGUCGACGUAGAGAGCAAUUCUGCUGGUGUCUACAAGAUCGUGUCUUACUUUCUUCCACUCGGAGCUUCCUGUUCUUGCCUUUCCACGAUAUUUUUCAAUAUGUACUUCUAGGUAAAAUGAAUCUCUUAAUUGUGCAUAAUUGUUAGGCAUUCGUGAUGUCAUGGAUAAUUAUUGCAAUGUUCCUAAGAGUGGCCUAAUUUGAAUACUGUAUCAAAAAGUGCCAUAAAUCUGUGAUUCGGACUAGAUUAUGAUUACAAACAGAUUGAGUAUUUUAUUUAGUUUAGUGGCCUGUUUCAUAUCAACGGAGGUGUUACUUUUGAAAACGUGGACAUUGUUUCUUGUCUAGCAUUGCAAUUUAGUUGGAAGUUUUAUUUGAUUUCUGUUGUUGUGAAGUAAUCUAUAGAAAUGUUAGUUAUGUUGAAUACAAGUUUUGUUCUUUGUAUAUAAGAGUAUAUUAUUCGACCGUGGGCAAGUGUAUCUUGUAGACAUCACUGAAGGAACUGUUUAUUAGUUUUACCAAUGCUCGCAAGUAUUUGGCCGUUCAUUUAGAAAAUGUCUUUCGUUUAACUUCUUCAUUUGCGUUAGAUCAUAGCUUUUCUUUUAUGUUAAUUAAGAGGUUAAAUGAAGUCAAGUAGUCGUAACGAUUAGUUUCAAAAAUCUUUCGUUGAACGAAAUGAUGUAAGCACUGCAACCAUAUCAUCUGAUUCAUUUUUAAUGACUACAGCGGGUAAUGACUUCACGUGCGUGAAGUUACAAGUAGUUAGCGAGGGCAAUUGGAAACAAAUAUUUACUUUCAAAGACAAAAAAGUUUUUAUUUCUUUUGUUAGUUUUUUUCUGGUUAAUUUGAAUACAGGUUUAAACAAACUUAAUUUAUACGUGAGAUUGAAAUUUAUUUUCGAGUGUAAUACCAUUUAUUUCAGCAUACUUACAUAAAGUUAACUUUAUGAUACAAUAGUGUACAAAAGUUCUCAACACAUUCUUAAUUUUUAAUGUAAAUAUUAAAUAUUUAAAUAUUACACGUAUACUAUUUAAAGCUAUAAAAACUGAAGUAUGGUAAGAAGGAAAUGAGACGUGCAUUUGAAUAAGUUCGUAAAAACGUACAAUAUUUACCGAAUAAAAUUUAUUUUUUAAUACAGAAAAAUCUGAAGAAAAAUAUUAUUUUUAUAAGAAACCACAAAAAAGACAGUACAAAGUACACUGUGCUAAAGCCACUACUUCAUUAUUUAAUUAUACAUAAAUACUAUGCACUGUACCUGAUUGCAUAUUUCUUAUAUGCAACAUCGUAGAAGUUUAAUAUUUACUAAUUAAUUAAUUUUGUUUUCAAUAAAUAACGUAGACUUCUAUUUCUGUGACAAUAUGUGAUAUUAUUCGGUUGAUAGUUAACAAAUAUAAUAAACUAUAUUAUUUAAAUACGUAAUUAAAUACACUUUACUUGGGUACUUAAUUUACUACAUAAUUCCAAAGGAACAACCAUAUUGCAGGAUAUAUCUAUUUAUAUACAAAAAGAUAAUUCUAUUGAAGUGGAUCUCAUGACAUUCUAGAUCAUUAUUACAUUCAAAUAUUUAACCCAAAACACUUUGUCUCGAAUAUAUAAUGUAAAUACUAAAAUUUUUAUAUUUUUAUAGAGAAAGUGAACUAAAUAUUUUGUAUUAACUUUUAAUGAAAUUUUA